AUGUUUUUAGUAGUAGUCGCUAGGCCUAGAUUUGAUGACGGUGAUAAGGAGAUAUUUUCGGGAAAAAUUGGCGUCUUUCCUCUUGUUCAAAAAGUUGCAGCAAAAAGGUCAAGUAUCAAUAGAGCUUCGGGUACACUUGAAACUAAACCGAUUACUUCUAUCACUAAAGAAGUUAGUCGAAAUUUUCUAAUCAAUAAAGUGUUACCUGCAAUUAAAGAAAAAUGGCCGAGAGAACAUGCAAUGGAAACAAUUUAUAUACAACAAGAUAAUGCUCCGUGUCAUGUUUCUAUUGACGAUGAAGAAUUUCGUAAAGCAGCUUCUGAAGGAGGAUUUGACAUCCGUUUAUCUUGUCAACCACCGAAUUCUCCUGAUUUAAAUGUUUUAGAUCUGGGUUUUUUCAAUGCCAUUCAAUCAUUACAACAAAAGGAAGUUUCAAAAUCAGUUGAUGAACUCAUUGAAGUUGUGCAAAACUCAUAUGAUAAUUUUUCUAGCAAACAAUCUGACAAAAUUUUUCUCACACUUCAAUCUUGUAUGAUUGAAAUCAUGAAAAUUAAAGGAUCUAAUAAUUACCGAAUUCCCCAUAUGAAGAAAGAAGUGUUGCUUAAUCGAGGCAUACUACCUACGCAACUAAAAUGUGACCGAGAGAGGUUGGUUCUAGAUCAUGGAAUUUACAUGGAGAAGGAAAUAUGA